GUGCCAGCGACAGAAUGUGUCCACCAUUUUUGGCGAGGAAAGCCGGAGAGUUUUCCUGUUGCAGCGUCCGAUGGCAUCAACGUCAAGCUUGUAUUUGUUGCUGCCGCUAUCUCUUCGUUCUCGAGACGGGGAGUCCGACGAGGAGCUACUCAAAAUUCUUCGAUGAUCGCUGGUCGUUGCCUUCGUCUUCCAUCUCGCAGUGCGAGCCUUUUCCUUCCAGUCUCUCCUCUUUCAUUCGACGUGAUGCAGCCCAAGACUUUUCUUUUCGCCAUCCUUGCUUCACUCUCCGCCUCGGUGACCGCCCACCCCAUUUUCGCCCGCGACACUGUGCCCGCGGCCCCCCUCAGCGACCACCCCGAUGAAGGUGCAGGCUUCCACGUAGACCUUGGCAGUCUCGGCUUUAGCUCGCUCUUUGGAUCGAAAAAUCCUCGACAAGUUUUGAGCGACCACCCAGAGGACGGCGCGGGCUUCCACGUCGACCUCGGGAGUCUCGGCUUCAGCUCCUUGUUUGGCUCGAAACCAUCGUCCCCUGCGCCGCGUCAAGUCUUGAGUGACCACCCAGACGAGGGCGCGGGCUUCCAUGUCGACCUCGGAAGUCUCGGUUUCAGCUCCCUGUUUGGCCCUCCGAAGAAAGAAUAA